AAAAUCUUUGCCAGCUUCUUCCUAAUAAUUCCCAAAAAUAAACACACAAACAAACCAUUUCUAAAUGCCAAAUUAUCCUAAUAAUAAGCCUCCUUUUAAUCUUUAUAUUCUCUCUCAUCAAACACUUUCUCUCUUUACUUAAAAAAACCCUAACCACUUUUUCUCUCUCCCUCUUAAAAAGAAGUUCCAACAUAGUGGAAGCCCAAAGUGAAGCAGUGUGGAUAUAUAGUAGUGAGGAAAAAAGAAGAAGAUAUAUAGUAGUGAAUGUUGUCAUUUGCACACAAAAAUCACAAAAAUGGAUACAUAUGAAGCAACAAAGACAGUUUUGUCAAGAAUCCAAAGUUUGGAUCCAGAAAAUGCUUCAAAAAUCAUGGGUUAUAUACUAAUUCAAGACCAAGGAGAUAAGGAGAUGAUAAGGCUAGCAUUUGGGCCAGAAACUGUGUUAAUCUCUCUCAUUAACCAAGUGAAAAAUCGUUUAGGACUUUCAUCGAACAGUUCAUCUGCACCUUCAACACCUUCAUCUCCUUCACCGUUUAUUCCCGUUCCAAACCCCAAUAAAUUCAACCCAUUUCCCCAUUCAUCACCAAGAAUCAUUAUACCAAACAAUGGGUUUCAAUCUUUGCCUUCAUCUCCUUGGUCUGGUGGCUCCCCAGUGUUUUCAAGAAGUCCAAGACCAGUGUCAUAUGCUUCUGUAGUGAAUGGUCCAAACUCAAAUACUGCUUCUGGCUCUUCAGAUUCUUCUUUAUCACUACCUUUUUUCGAGCCAAGUGAUGAAUAUUGCAAUAUUCAAGUUCAAGAUCAGUUGUCAUUUCUAAAUGAGUCGUUUCUUGAGGAAAGCAGUCAUCAAAGUGGUGUUUUUCUUGGUGGGUCCCAUGAUGAUAAUAAUGGUGGGUUUGGUGGUUGGAAGCCUUGCAUGUAUUAUGCAAGGGGAUUUUGCAAGAAUGGGAAUAGUUGUAAGUUUCUGCAUGAUGGAUUUGGGGAGGAAAAUACUCCGAGCAAUGUUGAUUAUUUUGAUGAGAUUUUGCGUGUGAAAGCUUUACAGCAACGGCAGAGAUUUAUGGCUUCCGGUCAUCAUCAUCAUCAUCCAUUUGGUUACAACAGAUCGGCUGCGGCCGCAUUGAUGACAAGUGGUGAGUUCUACAAAUAUGGUCGGUCCCUACCCGACAGAAAUGAAUUUUCAGCAAUGGCGCUAGGUGGGAUUUCGAAUUCUAGUUCGAGACAGAUUUACUUGACAUUUCCUGCCGAUAGCACAUUUAAGGAGGAGGAUGUGUCUAAUUACUUUAGUAUGUACGGCCCGGUGCAAGACGUUAGAAUUCCAUAUCAGCAGAAGCGAAUGUUUGGAUUUGUUACAUUUGUCUAUCCAGAAACCGUGAAGAUUAUCUUGGCCAAAGGGAACCCUCAUUUUGUGUGUGAUUCUCGCGUGCUUGUUAAACCAUACAAAGAAAAGGGAAAAUUCCCAGACAAGAAGCAAUUUCAGCAACAGCAGCAGCCUAUUGAUAGAGGAGAGCUCGAGUCCGGGGAGCUCUAUGAUAUUCCCUUUGGAGCAAGGAUGUUUCAUAAUUCGCACGCGAUGAUGUUGAGAAGAAAAAUAGAGCAUGAUGCUGAGUUGCAGCAAGCAAUUGAGCUUCAAGGCAGAAGGUUAAUGAAUUUGCAACUGAUGAAGAACCAACAUCACAAUAAUCACUUCCAACCCAGCCUCUCUCCGGGUGUUUUUUGUUCGUUUAAUGGCAUCAACCAAGAAGUCUUAGCAGAAAACAAAGGUUUCCAGGAACCCACCGAGCCCCCAUCUGAUGCAGCCGAUGAUAAGGUACCUCAGGAGCUGCUACAUACAAAUAAUGGAAAUGGAGGUUCCAAUAAGGAGCAGACCUCGAAUACCGAUGAUUCUUAUCCUCGAGAAAGCUUGGAGCACAUCCUUCCUGAUAACUUAUUUACUUCUCCCACGAAAUCGGUUGCAGAACAACAUGUCGCGUUUUCCAUUGAUUCAGCUGAAGCUGACGUUAGUUCCGCGAUGACAACGCCAGCAACAACACCAACAAUAACUACUAACAGCGUCCCUAUGCCUCCCGCCACUUCUGCUCUUCAACAUUACGUCUCUUAAAUGAUGUUGCUUCCAGAUGCCAAGGCAGUACUUAACAGUGUCCGUGUUUUUUCUCUUUGGUUUUAAGAGAGGAUACUUAAUCUGAGGUUGUUAUUACCAGGUUUUACUUCUGAGAAGCCCCUGAAACUUAGGUUUUAGAGUUCAGCAUGACUAUGGAGGAGUGAUUAACUUGAAUUGACAGGUUGGUAGCAUCAUAAAAUACAAGUAGUUGAAGCCCUCUAGCUGUAUAGCCAAACACAACAGAAGAAAAGAUCUGUAAGGAAGAUCUCCACAAGAUUACUGCCAUCAUCAAAUACCAUACUACUUACAACAAAUACAUAUAAUGCAUAGGUAAAGAACAGAUGAACUGAUUCAUGGGAGUGGGGUCUCUCUGUUUAUUCUGUGUACCCUCUUUUGUUGUUGUGUGCUGUGGACCAUACCAUAACAAAGGCUAGUAGAGUAGUAGUAGUAACCCUUAGAUAUUAUACUGUAGUAGUAGUUUUUUCUCUUCCCCCCUCUUAAUUAUAGCUUGCUGUCAUGUAAAAUUUAGUGUAGGAAAAUGAAUAUCUUUUAGAUUACCAUGUUUUUUGCCAAAUGAAUGUAUAGAUUUAGCUUGGUUAAAAGGUGUCUUGAACCUGUUGCAG